CCCUCAGGUGCUCAAUUACCUAGGACCCAAGCACAAAAGACAAGCCCCUCUUCUGGAAGUCCACAGGUCACACCACUGUCACUUUUUGAAAUCAUGAAACAACAAGCUCAAGAAGAAAUGCAGCUUGCUAUUAGAGGCAGCCCCUCUCCUCAUACUAGCUAUGACAGGCUACUGCAAGACAUGAGCACACCCAGUCCAGCAAAAAGAGAGCUUCUUUUUUCUCCACCUGAUCACCAGGAAACAAGGCUUAGAGAAGUUGGCACUCCAGGUCCUUUUGAGAAGUCAAUCAGCCAUGCCCAUGAUGCAAUGAAUAGCAUAACAAGCAAGGGGAAAUCUGUGAGAAAUGCUACUUUUCGUGAAAUUAACAAGGCAGCAGAAGAGAUCAUCACUUCCUUGUCAGAAAAAGGUCGCUUUGUUGGUCUGGAGGAGGUAAAAGCUGCCCUGUGCAAAGAAUUUGGAAAAACAAGUCUUACUGCUUUGGGUUUCAAAAAAGAGAGAGAUAUUCCUGCCCUGAAGGACCUAAUUGAAAUGCAGGCAAAAGUGAGUUAAAUUUUAUGUAAAGUAGCCAUGUUUGGAAUAUCUCAUCCUUUUUUUCAGUUUUUUUUUUUAAUGCCACGAUUAGGAAUUUGUGCUUAAUUGCAUGUAUACUACUAGUUCUUGUCCAUUUUGCAGAGUUUUGAAGUCCUUGACCCUUGUAUGGUUCUGUCACUAUAUGUUGCAAUCUGUCUACAUGACAUUUUAGACAACUGGCAUAUUGAGAAACUACGACCACCUCCAAUAAACUGGAUAUGAUAUUCUUGCAUUAUGUCCAGUCAUGGUUGAAAUCAGGGAUAAGCAUUUAUUUCACUACAAAACCAAAAACUAACUAUGGUGAAAAUGCUGCUUUCAGUUCAGUUAUCUCACGUCCUAUCGGUUCCUUCCUGUAACAUAAUGUUGAAUUGACAUGACAGUGAUAGAUUAGUAGAAACGAAAAAGUCACAUUCAAUUUAUCUGAUCUAUUUUAUCCCAAAGGUCAACUUAUUCGUCCAUGCGUACGUCAUGUCAAACAGCAUCUCCACUUUGUACGAAUUGAACCAAAGCCUUGCUGAUUUGGGUUCAAAAUCAGACUUUGAGGAGCUCAAUUUGGGUCCUCUAUUGAAACAGCCCGUGGUUUAUGACAUGUUUAAAGCUCCCCAAGGUCUUUCCCAAGUACCUCAUGUGACAACUAUCCAGAUUUUGAAGCACCUGGAGAAGUAUAUGACAAAGGAAGAUCUGUGGCGCAAGAAAGUUGAUUUAGGGAAAUUCAUGGAGUACCUCUCUGAAGAGUAUCAGUGUGGCACUCCUUUUGACCUUGGUGUCAGGAUACAGAGCAUUGGACUGGCUAUCUCGGUAAUGUUACUCAAUUUUUUUCUCUUACAUUUCUUUUUUUAAGCUUAAGAUCAAGUCUAAUAAAGCACGCGCCUUAUUUUACCUUUCGAAAUCAUUAUUGUACGUCACUGGGUUGGCCCAAAGGGAAAUACACCAUUAGUGAACGAGCCCCUUUCUAUUCUCCAGCGACCUCAUUUUGAUUAAUCCAUAUGGGUUGUUUAUUUGUUUUAACCAAUUUGUUAGGUGAUUAAAAAAGCCAAACAUAACGAGAGCGAGAAGUGGAAAGGUAUCAGAGAACAGGUGUCGGCUGACAUGGACGAAGAAAUCGAGAGACACUUGCGAAAAAUCAAGAGAGAUCUUCUUGGACAAGAUCUUGGCGAUUCAAGGAGCUGUGUCAAGAAAUUUCUUGACACAUCCCCGACAGACGCCUUGACGGCGGUGUUCGAUUGUUGCUUGGAGACGUUUGAGGACAGUCGCGCAAAAAAGAUCACUAAGUUCCUAGAAACAGUCACUAAAGAUUCACACGGGAGGCAUGUAUUUCAGCUAGCACUCUAUAUGAGUUGUCAGCGUCUGUUGGGAGACGCUUUGGAAAACCUGGUUGAUGAAAGAGUGAAGAAAGAGCUCGAGACAGCCAACAAUCUGGCAAGUCGCACAGAGACAGAAAGAGGGUUAGAUCCACCAAGCGAAGGUUUGAUAUUUUAUGUUUUGGUUUUAUAAGGGAAAAUUAUUCUGAAACCACUAGGCUUAGUUCUGAGCUAAGUACGUGCUAUGCUUCCUCGCUGUACAAGGAACUUAUCGCGAUAUUGAGGAAACUAGAUCACGAUUUCUACAUGUUGCUAAGUUUAGCAAGUUGUGUCAUUUACAAUUAAGUCGUGUCAUUUACAAUCCAUUCUGAUUUUUCUUCAGUCUUAUUUUUAUUGUUCGUCUUUGAUUCUACUUCCUUGCCUAGUCUAUCAAUGGAAGCUGUUUUUCAAUUUAAGUUCUAUAUUUUAAGAUUAAUCACAUAAAGGCAAAUAAAUUAGUCGCUGGUAUAAAAACUAUUGGUGACUAAACUUCAGUUAACCAAGUCAUUGAAUCAUUGAAUAUUUAACAAACGGAUUUCAUGUGGCCGAUAAUUCAGAGAUGACGUCGAAAUGUGUUAAGGCGCAUUUGAGUCCAUCACCGAUGUUUUUACUUCUUCCGUACGGAUGCACGGCCACAUGGUAUCUAUUUGUUUAAAAUGAUAAAAUGUAAAGUAAAUUGCUGUCAGUGGUGAUGUCAUCUAUGCAUCUGUCCCCUAAUAGAUCAUAGAUGAGAACCAAUCAAACUCGCAUAGGAUUCACCUUAUCAUAUAAACACAAAGUGUUAUAAGUCUUAUAGAUCAUAAAUUCAACCUUUUGUACAAAAGAGUAAUUCCGGGUAAACUAGUAAAAUUCGUGGAAUGGUCUACGGUGCUAGAUAUCCCUUUACUCAUUUUACUAAUUGUUCAUCGUUUUAUAUAUGUGAUAGGAAUUAUUGUCGAAGAAGUAAAUGAGUGGCUAAAUAAAGCGGAGCGCACUGACCUAGCGACGCUAGCCAGAAUUGAGGAAAAUGUCAUGAACAGAUAUUCAGGGUUUGACGGUUUUGAAGCCUUCGGUUAUGGUUCCUUCCUGAAGUUCUUGACGAAACACAAAGCGCUGCGUGAAACCAUAGCGGAGGUUGGUGGAAUUGCUCCGUCUGGCAACGGAGGAACCGGGCUUGGACUUCGAGUGUCACUUGAUAGCGUGCUGGAUUUUAUAUCUCAAUGCGGAACUGAACCAACUCCGGUAAGAAUUACAAUUUUAUUAAUUCUAGCGUUUAAAUAUGAAAUAACACAAACAAAAGCACUCAAAGCGGAGGAAUACUGUUAUUCGUGUCUUGUGGUGACAGAUCUUAGAAAAUCGUAUGGAAAAAUCUUGGGCUUACUUUAUUCGCUGUAAAUAAACUUACAUUGGUACCAACCAGCAGCUUAAGGGAUUCGUUCACUUAACCCAUAGCCACAUAUUAAGAUCAAAAUUCCACAAUGUACGUUACGUUUACUGAGACUUUUGGUUACAUUUACCCUUUGCAAUCCAACAUUAGUAUGCACAUUCUCUGCACUGUUUUGAAACGAUUUCUACCUGUACUGUAUGAUACUGACAAGGUGUACUAGCUUAUAGUUCACAAUGAUAUCGUUUUUUUUCUCAUGACUUUUAUGUCAGAUCAAGAAGUAAUAUUGUUUGGCGAUAUUAGCAGCUUGUCACUCUAAGGGAUAAAAGGUUUAAUUUACUGAACGGUAACAUUUAUCAAGUUGGAACGUAAGCCUAUCCUGUUGAGUAAGCUCACUUCUUUUGCCUUUUUGUUUAGGAGUCCAUAGAACAGUACUUGUGUGAUUACUACAAUGUCAAUAAAGUGACGGAUCUCGGAUUUGGGUCCGCUGCGAAUUUGGUGAAAAAAGCUGCAGAGCGAAAGAAGAACUUAGUAGGAGCGAACAUUCCUUCGAUAGUUUACGAAGCUGCUCUUUUGCGUCACAGCUCUGGAGUGGGAGAUACGGAUAGCACCAGCGUAAGCACGCGUAGCGGUGGUGUUCUGGGUUUUAAGAGUAAAGAAGAAGCUUUAGAAGCUAUAAAAAGCACUCCCCUCCUCGAAGAUGUUUCCCUCUGGACUCACUGGGAUGAGGUUUUCGGUGGAGAGGUCUCUAAACUUGGCGACCUAAAGUCAUUUUUGGAAAAUGAAGGGAUUCUUUUGAGUACUAGAAAGACAUCUUCCCAAAGUCAAAACCCUCUGGUUGUCAUGGAAACAUCUCCUGGUGUUCUUCUGCGAGUCACUAUGGACACAUCGCCGGACAUGUUUAGAGAAUGCACGCGUCACCGAGAUGUGAUAGGAGCGACUGGGCAUUUGGUUUCCAUGGUAGUGAUGAAUGGUGGUGUUUCUAACACCCCAGUGGCUCUCUUAGCCAAUCAUGUACAAUCGUCAUUAGUAUCAAUGGUAGUUGACGACAGAGGUGACAGCGAUCAUCGAUCUACUUUUGUUCUUAAAUGUUUGACCCGUAUGCCACUCAGAUUAGCACAGGCAGUUGGAGCAAAGGUGUGUAUUAGUACUUACGUAGAUCGUCGGCUAACCUUUUGUAUGAACUCAGACUAGCGUCAAGAGCGCGUCCUGCUCUUCCUCUCCCAGUCUUCCUGAUCAUCGUUAAUGUUGCCUUUAUUGGCUUCAAAACAUGACUGCUUUAGUGCCUUAACAAACUUGGCUAGGAAUGCUUUUGUCAACUCAGUAAUGUUAGGUAGACUGAAAGCGUCAAGCAUAGGGCCCCCUUUUGGUUUUAGGCUACCGCUAAGAGGAGCAUCAGCGUACAGGAGGCUUGAAACAAGCAUUAAUUAUAAUCACUGUCAUGCGAAAGGUACGAUGUUUUUUUCAUUAAAAAAAACAUUUUUAAGUGCAAAGAUAACCAGCGUUCUAAAGGCUUUUUCGUUCUUAGGAACUGAGUUGAUAAUACAAAUUGGCCAGCAUCGAGAGUUUAUGAAGCUGACGUUGUGAACGUUAGCCUUUCGUCAGAACGAACACAAGAAUUGUGACUUAUGUGCGAUUUCAAUACAGAAAUAUGGGGCUACACCAAGGCUUGUCAUGAAGUCUCUCAUGUAGUCUGUGAAUGGGUUACCAAAGCACUUUGAUUCGCAAUAUUUCUUCGUUGUUAGACAGAAAAUUUGGUGUUUUUUUUCCAUAGUUCAUUCUAACCACCUGUCUCUGUUGUUUAGGUUUUCUUUGAGCCUCUCAAAAAGUUAGUUGGCUCAACCGAGGCAGCAUCCUUGCUGCUAAGAAGCUGCUUUACCCAGUCUCAACGCGGCCGUCUUCACCUCCUGGGCUUUGCCUUGGGGAUAGAUGAGUGGAGAGAUGACUUUCUCAGCAGAGUUGCGUGCAAAAGAGAGGAAGACGAAGGCUUGGUCUCCGGUGGUUACAGUGAUGACGAACAAAAGAGACCGAUUGCUGUUGUCAAGCCAGUUGCGGCUCAUGUUUCGUCAACGCUGCAGACAGAGGUGUGUAGACUGAAAUUUCCUUUGAUCUUUUUAGAAGCGUAUGAAGAUUGUUAAACAUAGUUGUUGGAAUUGUAUGAAGAUUGUUAAACAUAGUUGUUGGAAUUGCCCCCUUUCGGUACCUCUAAUAUAAUUUUUUUUACGUUGUAUCAUCUGAGAGUGGCUUUUCCUGGUAUAAUGACUAUGGUAACAGCUAUUUUUUCCUAGACUUCCACGGAAAGUGAACCAGAGGGCGAUGUAGCAGUUUCUAAAGAUCAAAAAAACUUUGCUGAGAAGGCUGGAGACGAAGGUAUUUUUUGCAGGCCCUUAUUCCUUCUUUGCUUCCUUUAUACCUUCCGGUUUCCCUUCUAUCUUUUGCGUUCUUCAUUCCUCACUCAUUGUCUACUUAAUCUAUAAUUUCUGCCGAGUACUUUAAUUUUCGGACCUUCUGUUCCUCUUUCUGGCCCAGUAGCCAAACCCUUCGCAUCAUGAUAAUGUGCCUUGAUCCAUAAGCCUAAAUUUUGUCACAUUUUUUUUACAAUCUUAACAGUUACAUCGAGCACUCAGGAUGAAUUUCCAGAAGUACCUCCCACUCCUUGUGCUCCUCCCAGACAGCAAGAAGAUGAAUGCAAAGCAGUAAUCGACCAAAUUCGCCGAGAUGACUUUGGAAUCGGUAUUGAGCUCGGAGAAGAGGAGUCCAAACUUGUCCAGCGACAGCGCGAAAGAGAAGGUCGUGGCUUAGCACGUCUGUCCAGUGAGCUCUACUCUAGGGACACCCACUUUGUGUUGGAGCUCGUUCAGAAUGCAGACGAUAAUUCCUACCCCGAGGUGUGUUCUGACCCAGGAUUUCCGUCCCUUUUGUUCGUCCUCGAGCGGGACAGGAUCGUGAUACUGAACAACGAGAUUGGAUUUGAGGAGAAGAAUAUCCGUGCGUUGUGUGAUGUCGGAAGAAGUACCAAAGGGAAACAUCGCUAUGGCUACAUUGGUAAGUGGGUACAUGUGAGUCUUGCAUUAUAAGAUUAAUUUCGCCCAUUUCGGCAAUGGAAACUAAUUCUCACCUAGUUUGCGCAUACUUCCAGUGUGAUCACAGCAUCCGUAAUUUCCGUCUUAAGAGGUUCGUAAGUUUGGUUCUUCGAUUGCUUAGGUUAUGGGUGUUUUCCCUUGUCUACAAAAAAUUUUGAUGUUUCAAGGUCACAAAGAGUUGCAAGGAUAUGACUGCAGAACAAUUAAAUUAAGGAUCAACGCUUAUCUACGCUAAGGUUUUCCUAGAGUAAUUGUUUCCACAUGAAAACCUUUCUUUUGAUUUUGCGUACAAAAUAGUUUGAUGUAUCAAAGUCACAAAUAGCUACAGGGGGUUAUCUACAGAUUUAGUAAAGGAUUUAUGCCUAUUUAAACGCAAGGUUUUCCUAAAGGAAUGGGUUCACGUAGAAAUGUGUAACGCAGAGUCUCAGUACUUACACACAAUCCACUUUUAGAACACCUUUCUGUUUGGUCAGUAUUAUGACCUACAAAAUGGAGUGAUAGAAAUUUAUUGUAGAUGUUCAUUGUUCUGCGCAAUUUUAGGACAAAAAGGUAUUGGUUUUAAGUCAGUCUUCCGGGUUACUGAUUGCCCCGAAGUCCAUUCCAAUGGAUAUCACAUUCGAUUUGACGCUAAAAGCGGGCCAAUUGGUUACAUUCUUCCUGAGUGGAUUGGAGGCAAUUGUUCGGAGGAACGAACCAUGGAGGAUUUGGGAGACGAAUCUGUUGAUGAUGAGAAAGGAGAUAAUGGCAGUGGAGCAAGCAGUUCCGGGGAUGAAUUUAGCUUGUAAGUUUAGACUUUUAUACCCCUUCCGACAGGAGAAUCCUUGGUGAAUUGUCACGCACAGAAACAGGUGUCUAAACUUAGCAUGUUUCCAAAACGAAUUGUUUCAGGAAAGAUUUAAACCAGACCUUCAACUAAAGCCUUGGUGACACUUGAGCGCUCUGCGAACUCGUUUUUUUGUUUUCUUGUUACAUUGUUUAUUCAAAAUGCUUUCUUUUCCCUCUUUUUUCCCCGUAGCUGGCCGACUCGCAUAGUUCUACCAUUAAAUGAUGAACAUCGACAGAACGAGAAGUCCUCUCUGGCGCCCAGGUUUCACGAUAUCCGUCCCUCACUCUUGCUAUUCUUGCAUCGUUUGCGAGGAAUCUUUAUUCACGACAAGGUGGGUUUAACUCUGUGUCAACAAAUUAAAAUGCUCAUUCUUCUCUUAGCAGGUUUCUACACAAACAUAGGCAGUUAAGACUCCAGACAAAAACUCGUUGUCGGUGGUAUUCUUAUUCAUAGCAGCAGCAAGUGCCAUGAACAUCAUCAGAUAUCGAACCACGCAAAUGUCAAAUAACGUUCUAAAUUGUAAAAGGUAAAAUUUACCUCUGCUAAUUCUUCUUCCUUUCAAUGCAACGGUUUUCUUGUUCGAACCAGUCAGUUUAUUUUUGGUUCUCUGAACGGAUUGAAAUCUGAGCCAUUUCCAUAUUUCUCAAUCUGAUCACGAAGUUGGCAAGAUCAAAACUUUAUGCCCUCUACAUUUGUUGCUUUUACUACUUGGCUGAAAUUGCCGAAAAUCGCCAAACCUUUCAAUUUUUCUCCAGGUACAUAAUAGUCGCAGUGAAAUGAUAAGGAAGGACCUGGGAGAUAACAUCAUGGAAAUCAAGCACACCAAAGGCACGGAUCGGUGGCUUGUUAUCAAAAAACAGCUCGACGCCUCAAAUGUAAGAAGACAGCUUACGAUUACCUUAAAAGUACAAAUGUAUUGUCGUUUUGCUGCUGAUAAGGCCGGCAAUCAAAGUUUUUUAUCUUUAAAAUCAUUGAUAUGUAAGUGGUACCAGGGACGAUUGCAAGUACUUGUGCAUUACACUGUCUUCAUGUUUAUUUAUUCGGCAUUUGUACGAAUUUUUCCUUUUUUUUAGUUUUAUUGCCGUAAUCUCGCAUUCUACACUGAGUACGAUCAUCUAAGAUUUUAAUGGGUUUUGUGAAAAGCAUAUUACCAAAGCCGAACUUCUUAUUUUAAUUGCUUUUGUCACUUUAAUUCAAUUCAGAUGAAAGAGGAUGUAGAAAUGACUGAGCUGGCGCUAGCUUUCCCUUUGUUUGAUGACUCAGGCAGUACUUCAAGUCUACGGAUUAGGCAUCAGGUAAAGUUCACCAUGUUACACUUCAGUUCUUGGCUUGUUUUAGUGUUUCCUGAAAAUGAUAUGGAGUGAGAGCCAAGCGAAAAGGGUUUUCUGGAACCCCUGAAAUAAAAUUACUGGUGAAGAAAUGUAUAUCUCUUACAAAACCUGUUGAAAUUAAUCUACAUUAUACACCUGAAAAAAAUACGAAAAUAUUCUCCUCUCGAAGAGCUUAUCUUCCCCCAAUUUAGUGUUGCUUGAAAUAUUUGAAGAUUGAUAAAACUGUAAUUAUAAAACACGUAAGCAAAAUAUGCAGCAUUGACUGAGCUGUGGGGAAGGGAAAUGUCUAGUCGUCAUAGGGGCAAGGACAAGGGCAAUAGAAUCUGGCAAAUUUGCACGCUUAAAGCAGCACAAGGGAUCUGGAGCUCAUCUGUUCUCUCUAUGUCCCUUGCAACAAAGGGGACGUAAGAGCUAGGUACAUAUAAACCUGGGCAUAUUUAAUGAUCUUCUUAGAGCAAAAUGAAAACAACGAAUGGCACUCUAGCAAGUGUUUUGGUCAUACUUUGUAAUUAUAUGAAUAUUAACUUUUAUGGGCGACACGGUUACCUAGCGGUAAGCGCGCUGGAGGUGACCUUGCGAUGAACACUUACCUCAUUCAAGUAUAGUAACGAUACCCCCAGGCGUUUCAUGUCACGAGAACCAGUAUAAGCUCCAGCGUGAUGGGUUACUUGGUUUGAGUGUAUACGUUAGGCUAAUUUUACUUUUAUCAGGGGAAGGCGGGCUUAGAAUGUAUUUUACUUUAUAUCUUCUACAGAACCUGCCGCCACAGAAUGUGUUUGCGUAUCUUCCCCUGAGAAGUUAUGGUUUUCGAUUCAUCAUUCAAGGCGACUUUGAGGUUCCUUCGUCUAGAGAGGAUGUCGACAGUGACAAAUCCUGGAACCAGUGGCUAAGGGAAGAGAUUCCACAACUGUUUAUUGACGCUCUUUCGGUGUUCAUGGUAGGAAGACGUGUAGUUUUUCCAAUCAGUCAUUUUGUUUCUAGCUUCAAACCCUCUAAAUUAAGGAUCCAAAUCUUGAGAUUUUAAAAUUUUGGGACUAAAACUUCAAAGUAAUUGAAAUAUUUGUUUCUUUCUCAAAAGGUUCAUCCAUCCUUUUCCGGCCUUUCCUCGGUGGUUUCAUAUUUCCAAUUUGUACCGCUUGAAGAGGAAAUCCUCGACUUUUUUUCGCCUGUUGCUCGUCAUAUUUUAAAACUUCUUCAAAGUAAGUGUUGUAUACCUGUAAUCGUGUCCAGCAACGAAACUGAGGAACCGACCGAAGCUGAUGAUAGAAAGAGCUACAAUUGGGUUCUCCCCACUGAGGCUAUUUUUUCCGAAGACAGCAUGAUACAGGAGCUCGUAACCCCUGCCCUUUUGAAGGAGCACUUAGGGUUGAGCUACCUUCACCCAGAAAUUGUUCCAGCGCUGAAUCCCACCCUGAGAUCCCGUCUUGGAAUCGAGACUUUGUCCAGCAGGCACUUGAUGGACAUUGGCAGAGCGGAGGUGAAAAAGGCUUCAAAUGAAUCAGAUGAAGCCGCAUCCCAUAGUAAGGACUACAAACUGGAUGUUGUGAGGAUAGGUUGGGUAGCUCGAUGGUUGCAGUGCAUGUAUAGGUGUCUCGAGCAGGAGCGAAAUAGCAGUCAAGAAAUGCUUGAUCGAAUUCGUUCUCUCAAGGUGAUUCCGUUAACAGAUGGCACAUUCGUAAACCUCAAGGAAGACUCUGUUUUCCUACCGUUGUCUUUGCAGAAAAUAUCCGAGGGAGCUAUUUCAAAGGCUAAGAAAGGUAGGUCCGUAUACAGAUUUAAUCACAUAAAAACGGUAUUGAAAGUAUAAUCCUUAAAUUGCUAAACUCUUCACUUUUUGUCGUAAAUGAUUUACCCUUUUUUCUUUCGGAAGAGGGUGGCAAAAAACCCUCCAUAUUAUAGCUCUUGUCGAGUUAUCUUGAGGGAUUCAACGUAUUAGGGAGUCCAAAUAUCAAUACUCAAAUGAGUAGUACGCCAAAAGUAAAUCUAUGCUCCAGAGAGCGGCUUGAUUUGAAUUAUCAGAUCAGUAUUCUGGAGUAAUUGGCAUUUAAUGACGCUUUUUCUCAUUUUCAGAAAAUGAUAUAGAAUUUCGUCCUGUUCAUGAAAUUUUUCUGAUAUCUAACUCCAGGAUCCAAAUCUCAGGAGCAGACGACAUUCUCGGUGCUCGAGAAGGACCUCUCCACAGUACAUCCGUCUUUGUUCUCUUCGCUGGAUGAUAUCGGUCGUUCUCAAGUUGAGCAACUGUUGAGAAGUUUAGGAGUCAAAGUUUGGAGCCCUAAGGAGCUCGUCAACAGUCACAUAAUCCCAACUUUCAAGUCAGACAAGUGGAAGGUAUUAAAUUCGCAUUGUACUUUUGGCAAUGAUGAAUGUUUAGGCGAGAGUUAGAGGCCAAGUCGGUCUCACGCUUCUUUAUUGGCUGUAGUUUUCUCAUGCAUGUAAAUAAUUGGUUUCUUAAAUAGAAAUUCAUCGUUCGUAGAUAUCAUUUCGCAGAGGCUUUAGAAUUUUGAAACUUAUGUUCAUCUCGAUAUCUGAUAUCGUAUCCCAGAUAAUUUUUAAAGAGACAACUAGGAAACUUUAGAGGAAUCUUGGGGAGAGCUGGCAGUGUAAUAUGAUUCCAAUACGGAUAUACUUUUUGUGAUUUACAGUCCAAGUCUAAUGAAGUGUUGAGAAGCUACCUUGUGUACAUUCUGGAAGAGCGCUUGAAAGACCCCUCUGCAUGUGAUAUGGAUGAAUUAAAGUCCUGCGUACAGAUUUUAACGAACAAGGGUGUUUUUAAUCCAACAACAACGUCGAUCCAUUUCACGCCCAAAUAUGGAAGCACAAUUGACCUUGCUGGCCGGUUGCCCAGUAAGUCGCCUUAUAUUUACCUGUGUUGCCCUAAGUUGAGCUCUUGCAGGUGUAAAUCUGGCAUAAAUUUCACCAUUUUUCUGCUGUGAAAAUGGUCGUGAGACGGACUAUUUUCGGCAAGAUUGACUGUUUUGCUGUGAUGUUAUCGGCUGACUCAAGUGGCGUAAGUCCGGGUCAAUUCCCAUCCAUCGGAAGAGUUAUGUCGUUCUGUUUUUUUGGUUCGUUGUGUAAAUUUUGUUACUUAGUGUGGUACUGGUAACUGUUGAUAGCUGGUAAGAGGAGUCUAAGUGUUUAAGUAGUGGACCAGCUUUCCAGAGUCGUCAAUGUAAUGAUGACUUCCGCUUAGAGUAUCGAAACGUCAGUCACUCCUACGGAUAGCAGUCCCGCUCAGAUCUCCUUUAAACCAGACAAUCAGACUUCACGAUCAAAUGUUACUCCUGACUUCCAACCGUUUGUUGUGUUCUUGUUGUACAUUGUUUUUGAUAUUUGCAGUUCCCUCGGAUAGGAAGGUAGAAAUUAAUUAAAUGUAUAUUUUCUCUUCUCCGUUAAGGUAUUUCAUGGACUCUUAUUGACGAAUCGUACUUGGACUGUUAUACAGGAUUGAAAGCUUGUUCUACGGAUUGGAAAGAAUUUCUUACCAAGCUCGGUGUCAAACACUUUUUGUCCAUUAAAAGGAAACCAGUAAGGAUACAUCGAGACACUAUGGUAUGCUCUUAAAUCUUUAUUUCAGCAUCCACCUGGUUAUAUAUUUGUUUAUACCAGAUUGUUUUUAUGUCAUAACAUAUUACCUAGGUCUCUCAGUUUCAUCUUAAGAGGUGCAUUUUGGAAGUAUGCAUUCAGAAAAGUAAAUAGACAGUAUAGAAAUCUAUGCAUGGUUAGAACGUUCAACUAAAUAUCUCCUUUUUCUAUUUCUUUAGGCUAAAACACCUUGGGCGUCCUACGAAAACAUUUGGCAGACAACUCCAGAUGGCUUUUACAUUAUUAAUGACUGGGCCUGCGAGCAGUUUGAAGAAUUUCUUCGAAAGAUUGACAGCACCGACGCUAAGCAACGAAUCAGUCCUGAGGAGUCAAAGUUCUUGGCUCAGUGCAUAGAUGAACGUUGGGCUGACGAGUACGCACAGUAUGCUGAAGAAUUUGUCCACGUUGAAGAUACAAACGGGCAUAAUCUCAAGGAAACUCGAUCAUCCUUUUACCUGAAUCUCGUCACCAAACCGUGGAUGGCCUCUACCGCUGGAGGGAAGGACUUCCAUCUUCCAAGAGACCUCUUUGUGCGGAGUGAACUUGUUUAUCAGCUACUUGAGAAUCACGUAAACUACGUCGCAGCAGAUUUAAAGAGCUCGUCUUUCAUAGAAACUCUUCGAAUUCGAGAAAACGUAGGCGUGGAUGGGCUGAUAAAUGAGAUGAAGAAGUGGUCAGGUGGCGGCUGUGAAAGGAUGGAUGGAAAUCAACGAAAGGAAUUUACGACUUCUGUUGCGCACAUGAGCAGAGUGUAUUUCUUUCUUCUUGAGAAAAUGAAUCAGAGUGGGGUAGAAAGAAUGAAAGUACACGAGGCAUUUCUAAAGAAUGAGAUGAUAUUUGUUCCACAUCGCCCUCCAAGUCUCCAAUCGGCUGGAUUUUUUUACCUGAAGAAAGACGUUUGCUGGACAGAUCCGACAGAAGUCUCUCGGAAGCUUCUUGAAGAACAAGACAAGAUGACCACAAGGCCUUUAUUGGAAAUGUUCUAUGGAAGCCGAAGUACCCAGGAAAGUCUUUCAGCCUUUUUUGUUGAUCAUAUCGGUGUCGACGCGACACCUAAUGUGGGUGAGUACAUCGAAAUGGCAUCGACUGUUGCCGAAGUUUCUCGUUUUCCUUCUCCUUCAUCUUUGAGCGAUAUGUUGCAAAUCUUUGCCACCUUUGGAAGUAAAUGCAUCGGACGGGACCACAAACACAGCAUGCGACUUGAUCAACAGAUCGACGCAAAUAUGGCUGCCUUUUUGAAACAGUCCUUACAAGACGACCAAAUACGCAUUUUCCCUACAACGGAUAAAUGGGUUGCACUUUCUGAGAGGCCACUAAUAGCCGAUGAUAAAACUCUCUUGAAGAUUUUCCAGAAGGAAAAAAGUGUCCACUUUCUUGACUUUGGAGAUUUCUAUCAACCUCAAAAGCGUCGCUCGUCUAAAAACAAGCCUCAAGAAGACCAUGAAUUAAUGAAGCACUAUGUUUCCUCGUUCUUGAAUAGCUGUGGAGUAGCAACGUUGAGUAAAUGCGUCAAGAAAGAGUUUACUCCAGGCGGCGCAGUGCAAUACCAGUGCGUUCCCUUGCAGAAGCACUUCCACCAACUCAUCCCAUGUGUGCAACGUUUCCUAUACUCCAGGUAUCAAUCGGUGUACAACGAACUAAGCUCUCAAGGAUUUGCACAGAAACUGCCGCAGAUGCAAUUUGCCUCCGUACCAAGUUUGGCAACUGUGUAUUCAUUGUCCACACACCCUGAGGUUCACGUUCCCCUUGAAGAAAAAUCCGGCAUACAAGAGGCUGGGGGCAUGUUCUGUUUAUAUGUCGUACAAGAGUAUCAGGAUAAUUUAGAAGUCUUAAAUGCCGAGAUGAUUAAGCUGUUAAGCUGUGGAGGGGAAAAACCGGGUGCUUCAGACCUCAACAACUUUUUGGUUGCUGUGAAAAAUUACAAUGGGAAUGAUCUUGACAGCUACUUGGAGGAUAAGCAGGAGUUGGAGCCAUUACCGGAAGACGAAGAACGGUGGAUCGUUCCACCUCCUGAGGUACCCGAAAUUGUAAUGGAUGAUGGUGAAGAGGCUAUGAAUGAAGCAGUUCCUUUUCAUAAGGAAACCGCCACCCCUUCCAGGUCAGGCGACGAUGGUCUUCAUUCCUGGCCACCAAAAUCGUCUGCUCAAUAUGACAAGGCUUGUAAACGUGAAGGGGAUCCCGGUGGUGAACACAUUCUAAAGAUUUGGCCCUUGCCGGAGCCUCCUGAAACUGUAGAGAAGCCCUUUAGAGAAGAGAAUCAGGACUAUUUGGUUCAGAGACCUACACAGCGUGAUAUUAAUACCACAAGAGCGCCAGAGGCCAUGUCGGAAAAUCCCCUGAAGGGAGAGGCUAGGAAACCGGCGCAGGAUAAUCCUGGUGCAGUCGUCCCUAGGCAACAGCGCACUGAAAACGAUGCACAGCAACCACCUGAGGUAAUCGUUGACGAUGCUUUGGUGAACAACCAGCAGAUAAGUUCUCGCGAAACAGCAAGUGAUUUGUGUCCCAAUGAAAUUGAGAACCGUCAGCACAAUGCAAAGAUCGUGGAGUCCCCUCCACCCCAAGUGCCCCUACCUGGGGAGAUGACUUUCGUAACCAUUCCUGGCGAUGUAGCGAGGCAAACGUCUCCCAGCCGCUCCAAUCUCUGGUUUGAUGGAGGUCCUUCUGAAGUUGAAUUCGAAGAUCUACAAUUUAAUGAUAAUCAGAGGAUCUUGGAGCGGAUCCCGCUGUUGGAUAACCCAAACAAAGAAGACAUUGGUCGUUGGGGAGAACAGUGUGUGUUCGAGUUUCUCCAAGAGCAAGCACGAGGCCACUCUCCUGGCUUGGUUGAAAUUGUCUGGAUAAACGAAAACGGGAACACAACUGCGCCGUACGACAUUGAGAUUCGACAACAUAUCUCAGGUGUUAAGGAGAGUGACAAACGCACUGUGGUAACGUUCGUUGAAGUGAAGACCACUUCCUCAGAUCAAAAGGACUCUUUCGAGCUGUCCGUUCCGGAACUUCAAUUCGCUUUGAAGCACCAAGUCGCCUUUCACCUUUAUCGUGUUUUUAAUGCAGGCAAACCUGAUAUUGUUCGAAUUCGCCGUUUGCAAAAUCUUGCCACCCACUUAGAGAAGAAGACCGUAAAACUGUGUAUGGUUAUCUGA